UCUCAACCCACACCGUCGCAAUUAAGACGAAGACGCCACCAAGGCACCAAACCACAACGAUCCAAAACCUCACGCUUCUCCCCGUCUCCGGUCUCCCCGCACGCCAAACCUCCGCGAUCCCGGAGAAAUCCCCACCCCGGCCGCCCCCUCCCGCCACCUCGCCCGGCGAAGAUGCACCUGUGGCCGUCGCUCCGGAUCCGGGACUCGUUCAAGCACGCCUACCUGGAGAAGCUGGAGCUCAACCUCGCCGGCAAGAAGCGCGCGUCGCGGCAGGGGCAAGACGAGGACCAGGACAAGGGCCAGCAGCGGGAGCCCCUGCUCGAGCCCCCCCCGACGUCGGGGGGCUCGAUGGUGGCCAGCGCGCUCGAGCUCGCCUGGGACGCCGCCAUGCUCCUCACCUGCUGCUGCUGCUGCUUCUGCUGCGGCGCCUUUGGCGAGGAGGAUGAUCAUCUAACAGGUCGCUGACGCUAUCAAUCACCUCCAGCCAACUCAUUACAUUUCGAAAAGUAUCCACCUGUAGUGAGUCAGUCAAAUAAUUUCAGCUUUGUACAUACUGUAUGAAUGUUUGGUUUUCAGAAUAUGUGGCCCAAAUUAAGAUGCCACUGAUAGGUAGAUAUACAGGAGUAUUUUCUGUAGGAGAUUUUCUCUAGGCUUCAGAACUUAUCUGAAUCUACAUUCAGGGCUUGUGCGAUUGCAUUUCUCACCGCUGCACUGUUGUUCUCUCCACAUUGAUGUUAGCUCAGAACUUAUCUGGGUUACUGGGUAAAUCGUAGCUGUAUCUACUUCAUAGGAUUUUAAUUGCUCGUUAGCGUAUUUAGUGGUUUCCCUUCACUCGGCAAGAGAAUUUCUAUUUUGAACUAGAGUUUCUAGUUUGUAUCUUUUGUUCCUGGUCCUGAACAUAUUUCUUUGCGGUUAAAGUGAACCGGAGAAACACUGUGAA